CGUGAGUUAGUGGAUGACGUGUCAACACAUCAAAGUUGCUGUUGGAGGUCUACAGGACAGUAAAACGUCAGGUAAAAGCUGCCAUGGUUGCUCUGAAUGAGGAGUUGUCACUUUAUCGCUCUGAAGUCUGCAGGACUGCAACAGGCCAAUGCACUGCAAGACCACAUCGCACACUCAAUCGCAGAGGACAUGUGUGAGCCGAUGUUACAGUCUUUCCUACACAUGAUCAUCCCGAGGAUCGAACAUACUCUGCAGGGAGUGGCCAAACCCACCUGUGACGGAUUUGCUUCUGCCUGGCAAUACUUCCUGGAGACAUGUGAUUACAUCAUAGACCUGGGAUCAAAAAGCACCUCAGUGAAAGAUAUCAAAAAAGAGGCGGUUGAUAUGUGUGCUGUGAUGUUCUGGAGGCUGGUCUCUCGAUAUCCUCGUUUCUCUGUUGACUCCACCCAGCUCACGGCGGUGCUGUGUAGGGUCAAAGAGAAAGUGGUCAAGCACCUGGAGGCAGAACUGUUGGCUCUUCGAUCUCAUUUAAUUCUGGAGAUGAUCCUGCAGAUAACACUGCUGGCAUUUACACAUGCUGUGGGUGAGCAGGAUCUGUCUCAUUAUUAUGCCAUGGUGAACUCAGAACAAGCACUCUUCUUCCACCCUGACACCAUCUCCCCCUGCAGUGAUGAGGUACUCCCUGCCACAACAGGUCAUGCGUCUCCCGGUCAGUCCCAGCAACCCCUGCAGCUCCAGCUCUAGUUUCUCUGAGCCAGUGUACCACGAGCUGCUGCGACCUGCUGACUGCAGAUCCCAGCAGAACUUCUGCCAAACCUCUGAAGGCUCCACCUCAGAAUGGGAAACAAUCACACCAAGCACCGAGUGUGACUGAGAUGACACAUUGGCCAACUCAGAAAAUCUCGCUGCUUGAUGCAGGAGAAUACAUCCAUUUCACCAAACCAUGAAGGAAAAGAAGAACAGCACUGCAGGGCGUAGUAAUAUUUUUAUUUUAUUUUUAGUGUUGAUUAAUACAGCUUAAAUAAAAAGGGGACAAUUUGAGAGACUAUAUGAAUUUGCUUUUGCCUAAUUGACAGGGAUUUGAAACCUAAAAUGUACCAUUAAUUAAAAACUACAAAGAUCAAGGAAGAAGGAGAAUAUACAAAAACUCACUGUAAUCUGCUACUGUAUGUCUAUUUUAUAGUAUAUUGGAGGUGAAACAAUUCAUCAAUUAGUCAAAUGGCAAAUAAAUCAGCAAAUGAGUUUAAUUAAUCAAUUAAUAGUUUAAGAUGUUUAUUAAGCAAAAAUUCCAAACAUUAGCUAAUUCCAGCUUCUCAGAUGCUAGGAGCAAUUACUUUUCCCUUCUUAACAUCAUAGAGCAAUGAAUAUCUUAGGAUUUGGAAUAUUGGUCAAACAAAACAAGCUGUUUGACUUAACUUCAAGUCCAGGGAAAUGGUGACUGUUAUUUUAGACUGAAAGAUUACUCAGGGCUACGACUCAGGGUUAUCUAAACAAAAUCCUUAGAUUAAACAGACGUUAGUAGCAGACCCAUUGUGUCUCAUGAAAGCACAUAGCACAGUAGCCUUGUUGCAUGCACUUGUGAUGGUUUGAGCUGCAUCACUGUGUUGUAACAAACAGCUUUUAAUAAUGUUGUUUUGUGUUUUUAUGCAUAUUUUCUACUUUGCACCUUUACUUUUGGCUCAAGAAGAAUAGAUAAAGUUGCCUGUAUGAGAUCAAGUUUGAAAAGCUUUACAUGUAUUUCACAUGAGUGAAUUGUCCAUUUCACCUCAAGGAUGCUGCAAAGCAGCGGUUAACAACCCAGGGACCUCCAGUGGGGUCUCAAGAAAAAUCUCAUAGGAUAAUUAAAGGGAUACAAAAAAAGUGGAAAUUGUGUUUAUUUUCUUUAUGUCAAUUUUUGCUUUC